AAACCGCGUGCCGAACUCUAAAUGUGUUUGUUGUAACGUAGAUCAGAAGUAAAGUACUUGUGUAUGAAUUGACAUAUAUGUACCUGGAAUUAAAGCCUUGCGAGUGUUAACUGACCCACUGUCCUCGGUGUGAUAAGCAUAAGAGUUCUUAUCGUUUGAUUAGGAGUUUGUAACCUAACAAUCUCGGAUUUUUUUUUAAUCUUUGGAUUUACAUAUUGACAUUUUAAGAUCACUGUUUAUAAUGAAUGCAGCGGAAUUGUUUAUCGUUACCUGUUUCACAUUGGCUAGUUUAUUAACGGUUAGCACAGCCCAGACCUAUUCAAACCACCCUUGUAAAAGAGAGUGUGUGAAGGGCGAAGUCUCACAAGUGUGUGUAUACAAUUUCACAGUCGAGUCCUAUAGAGUUCUUUCGAAGGCUUGCCAUGAUUGUCCCUUUAACGUAAGUGAUUGCGCUAGAGAAGAAUGUGUGGCCGGUGAUGGCAACCCACGAGUUGUCUCCACCUUUAACAGACAAAUACCUGGUCCGAAAAUAGAGGUAUGUGAUGGUGACAGAGUUAUAGUAUGGGUUAAAAAUCUAAUGAUAGAUCCAGCAGCUACCAGUGUACAUUGGCAUGGACAGCAUCAGAGAAAUUCGGGCUAUAUGGAUGGUGUGGGAUUUAUUACACAAUGUGCUAUAGAAUAUAACCAAAUGUUCAAAUAUGAUUUUGUGGUUGGUCCGGCUGGAACGCAUUGGUAUCAUUCCCAUGUGGGCCUUCAGUUAGCCGAUGGUCUGAUUGGGGCGUUUAUUGUUCGGCAUCCAAAGUCCAUGGAUCAUAAUGCUGCUUUGUACGAUCAAGAUCUUUCUGAUCAUAUCGUAAUAUUCCAAGAAUGGCUUCCGGUUCCGUCCAUUGUUCGUUUUAUGGAUCAGAUGCACGAUAAGUUUGAUCCAGCAGUUAAACUAUCAGCACUCAUAAACGGCAAAGCGAGGAACUUUGAAAUUAAGAAUGAAAAUAAUACGGCCCAAACCCCUGUUGCUGUAUUUGAGGUUACACAAGGACAAAGAUACCGAUUUCGAUUGAUUGGUGGAAGUAGUGCAUGUGCAUUCCAGGUGUCUGUGGAUGACCACACCCUUCUGGUGAUAACUAAUGAUGGAAUUCCUAUUAAACCUCUUGUAGUUGAUGCUUUAAUUAUUAGCCCUGGUGAGAGAUACGAUGUUGUUUUGCAUGCUAAUUACUCUAUUGGUAAUUAUUGGAUGCGAGCUGUUGGCUUGUGGGAUUGUUACGACAAAGCAAAUCCGUAUGCCAUAGUUCGUUACACGUCAGCACCGAUAGCAGAUCCUGUAGGUGACCCAACCAAAGACAGAGAUGGAAUUCUUUUAAAUCCAAUGCCCCAUCCUGAAAUGAAGAGAACAGCAUAUGGAUACAACCACAGUCAAGUGAUCAUGCCAGAUAGGUUACGGUAUUCCGGCAUUAUUGAUACCAAUUAUACUGACGAAGUUGUUGAUAGUCAGUAUUUCACUGCUACAUAUUUUUCAAAUAAUGAUAACAGUGUUUUCAACAACAAAGUACUAUAUCCUGUGAAGUCAUUAUCACCUGAAAAACUACAUUUAACACCAGUCAUGGAUAACAUAACCUUUCAUAUUCCGCCUGUGCCACCAUUAUCUCAACCAGAAGAUGUAGAUGAAAGUUUGUUUUGUAAUAGAUCAAGUUUAGUAGAUUCUGAUAGAUGUUUAGAAGACCUGUGUACAUGUACUCAUCGCAUACAGUUUAAAUUGGGAGAGGUUGUUGAAAUAGUUAUAAUUAACCAAGGGUCCAUGUUUACCACAGCCGACCAUCCUAUGCAUUUACAUGGUUAUAGUUUUAGGAUAUUAGGAAUAGAAAAGUUUGACCACGCCAUAACACUUGCAGAGGUACAACAAAUGGAGAAAGAGGGGAAAUUAAAGAGAAAUUUCAUCAACCCACCUUUAAGAGAUACCUUUAUAUUACCUGGAGCAAGUUAUGCGGUUUUAAGGUUCGUGGCCAACAAUCCAGGUCUCUGGUUCUUCCACUGUCACAUUGAUGGUCAUGUAGUACAAGGUAAAGCAAUGCUAAUUCAAAUUGGUGAUGUCAAGGAGUUCCCUCCACGGCCAGCUGAUCUUCCAAGAUGUGGUGGCUAUGGUUUUACCCAGAAACCGAUGCCAGUAGAUCCGGUGAAAUGCACUUCAUCAUCGACAUCAUUUACACCAUUUAGUCUUUUCAUUUACAUUUCAUUGUGGUCAUUUAUAUAUAUUUCAAUUCCAAGUCUUUGAUUUUGAUUUUUGGGAGUCAUAAAUCACCAUAGCAACAAAUAUGUAGUUAACUGCAACAUGUUUCAUUUAUUUCAAAACUAACACUUACUUAUGCCGGUAACAACUGAACCGGCACUGCCUGUCAUUUUCAAAAUACCAUUCUCAAACACUACUCUCAUCCCCAGGCUUAACAGUACAUGUGCAGUUAACGUAAUUAACCCCAGUGUCCAACCAGAGAGGCCUGGAGAUGAGAAUGUGGUUUAAAAAGGCAACCCGGGCACUCUUAAUUGAGCUGAUUCAAUCAUGACCCAGUGUUUAGUUAUGAUUGGCUAUCGAUCAUAGCAUGCGGUCCAAUGAACGUCGAUGAUUCAAAUGCCGCGUGGUUUAUUCUUAUAUAUAUAUAUAUAUAAAAAAGUAUAAUCGGAGAUAAACCCCAGUCAUUGUAACCAAAACUGGUUUGAAAGGUACAAAUAGCCCGAAAAAUAUAAGACCAAUAGAAAGGAUCAAUCCAAGAAUCUCUACUCCAUGGGUAGGUGAGAGACUGGUAAGAUUGACUAGGAUAUAAAUCUCCCAAAAAUAAGAUAUUAAAGAUUACCCCACCUGAACCAUGACACGUGUUUUAAGAUUUCGACCAAUUUUUGUUUAAAUGCUUCAAAUGCCAGGGUCACAUUGAUUGAACUAAACAAUAAAACAGAACAAAUUUAUGUAGCCAAUGUUUCGUGUUUACCAUGUGUUUAAAUUUAUAUUUAUGUUCAAAAUAACCGCAAACUAACUUAAUUAUCGAAAAUCCUAGCGCUGACCUACUUAAAGCAAGAUUAUUUGAACAUUCUAACUUUCAAUUGAAUCAAGGCAUGUUCAUAUUAUUUUCCCCAAGAAACCUGUCAUUUAUUCAUUAAAAUACCUAACAGGCUAACUAAAUUUUCGAAUAGUUAGUUAUACCCAUUUUAUUUUCGCUGUUUGUUAAAUUUUGAUUUAUUAAAAUUUUAAUUCAUGAGGUGAGAGGUGAUCAUUGUUUAGGAUUUACUUGAAUACAAAUUUAUCUUAAAGAGACAAUAUCACUUUCACGAAGAAAGUAAAUGUGUUUCUGUAUAUUUAAACUAACAUGGAACAUAUAAGGCACUGACUUUCUUAGAAUAAUAUAUUGUGUCAACGACGUGUAAUUGUUUUAUGAAAAGGGACACUCAUUUUGGUACUGAAGAAAUUAAAUUUUUGUUUUAUGUUCAAUUAAAUAUUGUUAAGAUUCGAUUCAUAUUGAAUUAAAAGUCAUUAUCGCUUUAGCAGUCUUUGCCAGUCGACAAUGCAAUAUUUUUGAUAAAUUUGAUUAUCAAGAAAAGUCAAACAUUUCAAUUUAGUGAACGCUCGCAUAAAACAUUUCAAAUACGCCCUUGUUCAAAAUUAAUUACAUUUAUUUUCUGAGUAAAAGUGAUAAAAUCUCUUUAAAUUUUUGCUGACAUAGGACGAGACUGCAACUUUUUAUUUUUGCAACCUACAUUAAUUACCGAGUUUUCCUUUUAAUUGUAAAUCGUAUCAUUACUAAUGACUGUGCUGUAGUUUAUAUUUGUUAACAAUUUUGUUUAUGUUUAUUAUUUAACCUAAUAUAGCCGUUAUGU